CAAUAUUCCAGCCAAAGACGACACAGUCACACACACGCUUUGCUCUUGCACGUCCUUUCACCGCACGACGUCUCACAAGCAAGACAGCGCCACUCACGACACAAACAACAGACAGCAACAACAACAGCAACAAGAGCAAGCACCUGAACGACAACAGACGGCAGCAGCAUCGGAGAUGUCGUCUCGAAAGGGCGCGCGAACGGUCGUCGAAGAAGAGGAUGAUGAUGGCCAGGAAGAGGAUGAGGUUGAGGAAGAAUGGCUGGAAGAGGACGAGAUUGAGACGGAGGGUGCGAGGCGAUUCCAUGGCCAGGGCCGGACACCUGCUGGCGUCAGCGAUAGUGGAGACACCUCGCUCGACUUUCGCUUCCUCGCAGGCCCACUCUCCACCACCUUCUCCGUUGGCACCCUCACGGGAGCGUGUGCUGCAUCUGCCGUGAAGAAAGUGGGGCGCAUGUCUGCAGGCUUCAUUGGCGCAGGCUUUCUCGCUCUGCAGCUCCUCGCAUACAAGGGGUACGUAACUGUGCACUGGGACAAAAUUGAGCACGAUGUCACAUCCAUCCUCGACCGCGAUGGCGACGGCAAAGUGUCGCAAGCCGAUCUCCAAUACUGGCAGCACCAGCUGGCGAAGAUGGCGACGUUCCAGCUGCCGGCGUCCAUGGCCGGCUUUGGUGUCGGAUUCGGCCUCGGCCUCAAGUACCUGUGAGCAACAGACUGCAGCGUGACUCGCAGCAUUGUGCUGGCUGUACACCGUCUCGUCUUCGACCUUCACACACGUUACCGGCUCAACCAAUCCAAUCUUGCUUCUUCACUCAACGGAAUUCACUUGUAUGCAUGACUGCAUGGCUUACAUUGUGCUGAUUUCUACCCAUGUCGUUGUUCGUGUUGUUGUUCUAAUGGAUGGUCCAACUUAUCAAGCAUAAAGCACAACAAUGUUCCAAAACACACGCGUCAAGCACAACAUACACAAAGAC